AUGAUACGCCGUUACUAUGUUAAUGAAAAAUAUAGGCUGUCGGGGAUCUCAGAUACCCCACAUUCGCCGGCGAAAGCAAGUACCCGUAUGUUUGAACAACAAUGCGGUAAACUUACUACAGGUACUAUUAUGCUAUCAGAUGAAUCAAGCAGUGACUCAGAAACUGGCAGAUUUAAAUGUAGGACAAAAGCUCAAGAUGAAACAACACAAGCGUCUAAGUCUAGGGAUAACUCUUUUCGCUCAUCAAAAGAUAAUUUAAGAUCUUCAGGAAGAAAUAGGAGGCAUGAUAAUGAUAGAAAAACAUCCAAAAGGAGAGCAGUGAGGAAGAGAUCAACUGUACUGGCAAAUAAACUGGAUGUCUGUGGACCAGCUUUACCUCCACAUUUCGAGAAGAAAUAUGAAAGAAGUUCUUCACCAGAAAUAGAAGGCCCUGAAUUACCACCACAUCUACAAAAAACACCUCGACAUUUAGGGCCAACAAUACCACAGGAUAUGCGCAAGGUUUUGGAAGAAAAGAGUCAAGAAAUAAUACAAUUUGAUAGCUCUGAUGAAGAUAUAAGUGUUGUUGGUCCAUUACCUGCAGGUUCUGAAGAAAAAUGGACUCAUGCUCAUAAACGGCUAGAGGAAAGGGCAUUAGACAUGAAAAUAAAGAAAAUGGAAGGACAUUCAUUGAACAAAACAGAUUUUAAAUCUAGAGAGAAAUGGAUGUUGGAAUUACCUGAAGGAAAAGCAAAAUAUUUGGGUUUGGAGGCCAGGUCAUUCAGAGCAAAAGAAGGCCCCGACAUGAGUGACAGGUCAAGUUGGACUGAUACACCAGAGGAGAAAGCUCGAAAAGCCGCUGGACUUGUGAAAGAAGAAGAUGCAGAUGCUGCUUUACAUCGAGAAGCGAGAGAUAAACAGAUAGCAACAAGGGAUGAAGAGCAAGAAAAAGCUAUAAGAAAGCAUAAGAAAAAGCACAAGAGAGAUGAAAGCCUAUUGGAACUACACCAGAAGAAAUUGAAAAAAAAGAAAAAGAAAGAAGAUAAGGACGACGAAAAGCCGGAACGCAGGCCAUUCAGCCGUGACGUUGACUUGCAAGUGAACCGAUUUGAUGAGGCACAAAAGAGGUCCAUAAUUAAGAAGGCGCAAGACUUGGACACGAGGUUCUCUCGCGGCGAAGCAAAAUACUUG